AUGCUGUCAGAGGAUCCCAUGAAAGUUGAUAAUGGUAAUGGUUCGUGUGGGAUUGAGGAAGAUUUCCAAUUUGAUGAAGCAAAGAUAAAGCAAUUGAAGGAGCUAUCAAGAAAUCCUGAUAUAUUUGAUAGACUGACCAGGUCCUUGGCAUCAAAUAUCUGGGAGCUUGAUGAUGUGAAAAGAGGUCUUCCUUACCAGGUAAUGGAACAGCAAAUCAUCUCCAUUGCAAAGCCUGGAAUUAUUGCUUCCCUUAAUGCCAGAACUUCAGUAUUGGCUUGUGCAAAUCCUGUUCGUUCAGGUCCUUCACUGAGCUUAGAAACAAAUUCUGCUGCUUCGGAAGUCCCUGAACCAGAAUAUGCAAAAGAGGAAACUUAG